AUGGCGCCAUCACACCUGUCAAUAGCGACCGGCGCGCUGCAACGCCUCGUCAAAGAGGAGGCCUCCUAUCACAAGGAGAUGGAGCAACAAAAGGUCCGUAUCGCGAAGCUUGAGGGCGAGAAGGGCACCGAGGUCAGCGGGAGCGAUGGCAACGAGGCGUUCGAGCUGAGGCAGGAGAAGCAGGCGCUCGAGGAAACGAAGAGGGUCAUCCCCGGCCUGCGCGAGAAGAUCACGAGUGCGCGAGAAAAGCUCGAGAGCCUUUUGGGUGACGAUGCGGCUAACGAGCAGGAGAAGGAGAAGGCAAUGGAUGUGCUGAAGCAGGCGAAGGAGGCUCAGAAGGAUGACCCAGUUGGUUGA